AUGGAAGUAUCCAUGGAAACAUCCUACACCAUUCUGGAAGAGUUGAAGCUGAGCUCGCUGAUCUCACUCAAUGCUGUGAAGGGGAAGGACAUGGGGGUGCUGAUCAGGGCUAUAUUCAAAGGCUCUCCCUGUUCUCAGUCAGAAGGAGUGAGGCGAAGGCUGCUGCUGUACAAACACUGCAUCCAGCUGUGUGAGUCUGGGGACCUGCAGCUGGAGGUGGUGUCAGACAUCAUUGGGCUGCUUAUGCUGGAGACUCACCAGCUGCCUGGACCGACCUUGGCUGAGCUGGCCACUCUGUAUGUAGACGCUAUCAAAGGAGGGAGCAUCACCAAUGGAAAGUCCCUGCAGCUCUUUCCAACCAUCCUCACUGCACUGGUGUCAAAGGAGACCCUGGCUUAUGGAAAAGGUCAGCUGAGUGGAGAGGAAUACAAGAAGCAGUUGAUAAACAGACUUUGCUCCAGCAGGUGGGACCCUCAUUGUGUAAUUCACCUCACCUCAAUGUUCAGGGAUGUCCCUAUGACGGUGGAGGAGCUGCAGUUUGUGGUUGAGAAGGUGCUGCGAAUGUUCUCCAAGCUGGAUCUUCAGGAGAUCCCACCCCUUGUCUACCAGCUUCUCCUUCUUUCUGCCAAGGGCUGUAAGAAGAAUGUCCUGGAAGGAGUCAUUGCUUAUUUUAAUGAGCAGGACCAGCGUCAGAAAGAGGAGCAGAAGGACAGUGAAUCCAUGGAAGUCGAGGUGGCCUCAGUCCCCCAGGACCAGCUCCGCCAUGUGGAAGGAACAGUGAUUCUCCACCUCGUGUUCGCCGUCAAACUGGAUCACGAGCUGGGGAGGGAGCUUGUUAAACAUCUGAAGGGCGAGGUGGGAAGGAUGCUGUGCCCCUUCAACAUCGCACUGGUGCUGUCUAUGGCCAGGAGCCACCGCUUCGAAGAGCAGAUAUCCGACUUCCUUAAAACCGCGAUAAUCAAGUGCUUUAGAGAUUCUCAGAUCCAGCAGGGCUCCAAGUUUAUCCAGGAGCUGAUUCCACUGCACUGCAGCGUGUCUGACAUGAUUAUGGAAACUGUCAGAAACAGUGUGUUUGGCUGGGACCACGUGACACAGGGGCUGGUGGAGCUGGGGCUCAUGCUGAUGGAUUCCUUCGGUCCAAAGCCUGGUCCCUUCGGGAAAGCAGCUGAGUCAAACCACAACGCCCCCAAGACUCCCGCGCAGCAGGCCUGCAGACUCGGGGCCCAGAUCCUGCUGGAGACCUUUAAGAUGCAUGAGCCAAUCCGAAUUGAGGUUCUGGAGCAGGUGCUAAACCGAGUGAUCACGAAGACAGCCUCUCCAAUCAGCCACUUCAUAGACUUGUUCUCAGACAUUGUCGUCUCUGCACCCAUGAUUCUCCUGGACUCUUCCUCCAAGGUUAUAGAAGUGUUCGACCACUUGUCCUACCUGCCUGUCAGCACAGUGCAGGGGCUGCUCAAGGCAUUGCAGCCGUUACUGAAGGUCAGCAUGUCCAUGAAGGAUUCCCUUAUUUUAGUUCUGAGAAAGGCAAUGUUUUCCAGCCAGUUGGAUGCCCGGAAGUCUGCAGUGGCUGGAUUCCUCCUGCUGCUGAAGAAUUUCAAGGUGCUGGGCAGUCUGGCCUCCAGUCAAGCCAGUCAGAGUGUAUCUGCAAGCCAGAUCCAAGUGGAUGUCCACUCUCGCUAUAACUCUUCUGCUAAUGAAACAUUCUGCCUGGAGAUCCUGGGCAGCCUGCGCCGCUGCCUGAGCCAGCAGGCUGAUGUCCGGCUCAUGCUCUACGAGGGAUUUCACGACGUGCUCCGCAGAAACUCCCAGCUGGCGAGCUCUAUCCUGCAGACGCUUCUUUCUCAGCUGAAGCGUUACUAUGAGCCUGAGCAGGACCUGCUGCCCCCUGUGAAGCUGGAAGGGUGUAUCACAGCCCAGGGGGACCAGAUCUUCCUGCAGGAGCCCCUGUCCCACCUGCUGAGCUGCGUGGUGCACUGCUUUCUGUGGUACCGAGAGCUGCAGCGUGAUAAUCUCCACGAGGAUGAGGGGGAGGAGGAGGAGGAGGAGGGGGGGGGGAUUCAGGAGGACCUGGAGAACAUUCUCAAUUCCAUCACACGACGCAUGAUCAAGAGUGAGCUGGAGGAUUUUGAACUGGAUAAAUCUGCAGAUUUUUCUCUUUCUUCGAAUGUUGGCGUGAAGAAUCACAUCUACGCUCUUCUAGUGAUGGGAGUGUAUGAGGUUCUCAUGGAAUUUAACUUCAGCUGUGCCAAUUACAGUAAGAACCGAUUUGAAGACCUCCUCGGCUUGUUUAACCUCUACCACAAGCUCUCUGAAAUCCUGAAGGAGAAGUCUGGCAAAGGGAAAUCUCCUUCCAGCAAAUCGGCCCGCAGUCUGCUGUCUAUCGGCUUCGUCUCCACCCUGCUGACAGCUCUCUUCAGGGACAGCACACAGAGCCGUGAGGACAGCCUCUCUGUCCUGCGCUCCAGUACUGAGUUCCUCCGCUACGCAGUCAGCGUAGCGCUGCAGAAGAUCCAGCAGCUAGAGGAGACGGGCCACACUGACGGACCCGAGGGGCAGAACCCCGAGAAAACUUUCAGACACCUCUGUGAAAUCACCAGGGUGCUGCUGUGGAGGUACACCUCGAUCCCGUCUGCUGUGGAGGAGUCUGGCAACAAGAAGGAGAAAGGGAAGACUAUCUCCAUGCUGUGCCUGGAGGGGCUGCUGAGGAUAUUCAGUGCAGUGCAGCACCGCUACCAGAGCAGAGUCCAGCAGUUCCUAUGUGCUGUAGAUGUGUCCGAGGAGGAGGAGGGCCAGGCAGAGAAUAUCAGCGUGACUGAAAAAACUGCAUUUCUUAUCCGGCAGUUUCAGCGAUCCCUGGUGAACCAGCUGAGUGGGGGAGAAGAUGAUUUUAACAGCAAAGAAGCCCAGAUAGUGGUGAACAUCCUGACUGUGCUCUCACGGCAGCUGGAGCCCUCGUCACCGCAGUUUGUUGAGGUGUUGUCCUGGACAGUUAAGAUAUGCAAGGAGAGCAGGUUAGAGGAUCCCCAGUUCUGUAAAGGGCUGAUGUCCUUGCUGUUUAGUCUCCAUGUGCUGUAUAAGAGCCCAGUGAGUGUGCUUAGAGAGCUGUCCCAGGACAUUCACAGCCACCUUGGAGACAUUGACCAGGAUGUUGAAGUGGAGAAGCAGUCUCAUUUUGCCAUAGUAAACGCCAAGACCGCAGCUCCUACCGCCACUCUGCUGAUUUUGUCCCAAGUGGGGAGGAUCCUGGAUGAAGUGGACUGGCUGAUCACUAAACAGAAGGCACAGCUGAGCAGUGAUAAAACAGCAUCAGCAGAUAAGCUGUCCCAGGCUGGCGUGCAGCCGGAGCCGGUGGAGAAGGCCCUGAUUCUGCAGCUGGGGACCCUGCUGACUGGGCUGCACGAGCUGCUGCAGACCUGCCUGCCUCCAGGAGGCUGCGUGGACACUCUGCUCAGAGAGCUCACCAAGAUGUAUACCAUCCUCACCUCCCUGGUGAAAUAUUAUAUACAGAUGUAUACAAAUCAACUGGGGCAUCUCCCUGCCAGGUUUGAGAAACUGGUGAAGCUUUCGGGGUCCCACCUGACUCCCCAGUGCUACGCCUUCAUAACCUAUGUGCAGCGUGAGGACCUGAGCUCUGGAGGAGGAGAGAAGAAAAAGAAGAAAGAGGAAGCCACAACUGCUGCGUCGGCCAAAAUGCUACGUGAGACGAAAGCCAUUCCCAACCUGAUCUUCAGUAUUGAACAGUAUGAAAAGUUCCUUAUCCACCUGUCCAAAAAAUCAAAGGUGAAUCUGAUGCAGCACAUGAAGUUGAGCACGUCCCGGGACUUCCGCAUCAACACAGCCUCUCUGGAGGCUGCACUGCAGGAGCAGGAGGGGGCCGAGAACAACAGCCAUCAGACACAGAGCACUGUUUCCCAAGAGCCAGAAGAAAGCCAGGAACCAAAGAAGAAAAGAAGGAAAAAGUCAAAGUAAGAAA